AUGGACGACCAAAGCUCUCAAACGACAGUCCACACGUCCGCGUCGACGCUCCGGCAGUCGUCCGUCCAUACGGAUGAGCUCACCAUCGACGACUCGGUGCAAUCGGUGUCCGAGAUCGAAAUUGACGACGAAGACGACCCGCUCAAGGUGAAAGAGCUCGCUUUGGCCUUUGACUAUCUGAUGUACAAAAUCCAAGACCACACGAGCCAACUCAGCGAGCGCGUGGAAAACCACGUUAUCCAAUCAAAAGCAGAACACGAGGUGGAUAUCCACGCGAUCCAGCAAAAAUUAGAACAGAUAAAGCUGCUUCUGGCCCAUUGCGACAAAGUCGACCAGGAAAUCGAUAAGCUCGAACAACUCAACAUCAUCGCCAAGGAUUUCAACCAAAGACUCCUCAGCGUCCAACGAAGAAUGGACGCACACGCUAAAAAGUUCAAGUGA